AUGGCAGAAGAAAUGAGUGCAAAUACAGAAAUGUUAAUUCAAAGCAUCAAGCGAGAAAUGAACGCAAAGUGGACAGCGGAGGAGACUGAGCAACUAAUUCAAGAAGUGGAGUCAAGGGAAGGAACCUGGAAUUUCCUUUCCGCGGAUUAUCGCGAUAGGAAUUUGCGUGAGGCUCAGUGGCAUGAAGUGGCAGAUACACUAAAUAUGCCACGAGCCGAAGUAUCAGCCAAGUGGAACAGCCUUCGUUGUUCUUUUCGCGCGGCCUUCAACCGAAGGGCUCAUACAAAAAGUGGACAAGGUGCUGGAAGAACGCCUACCAUGAACCCACUCUACAAUUCGCUAAAGUUCCUCGAGCCUACAUUAAAUGUUGAAGCGAGCACCACUUCAAAUUUAAUAAAUGACAGCUCGUCGACCCUGACCACUCCAACAAUAUUGUUUGAGUCGGAAACGGUAUCUGGCGAUAUACCACCAACGCCAUCUACAUCACGACCCAAUUUAAGGAAACGUCGUGUUGAAAAAAACGACGAUGGAUACAUUGAAGUAGUUCAACGUGCGCUGGAGACCCUCACAUCUGCUACAAAAACUGAUGCUUGGGAUGAUUUAGGCAACUUUGUGGCAUCAAACGGCCGUGAGUGGGACCAAGAAUCUCCACAACUGGCCAGAGAAUUCAAGCAGGACAUAUGUGAGUUGAUAUUUAAGUAUCAGCAGAAAUUCACACGCUCAAAAUAA